AUGAGUAGAUUUCCGGAGAACCAAAAGAAACUGAAACUCGAAUCCACCAGGGAGGACAAUGAGAGCGACAAGAAGGAAGAUCCUCCGAUCCCAUUUGAAGUAUUAGAGGCGGAGAUACUAACUAGAUUGCCGGCAAAGUCUGUUAUGAGGUCCCGAUGCGUGUCAAAGAUGUGGUCUUCCAUAAUCCGAAGCCAAAGAUUCACCGAUUCCUACUACGCUAUGUCCUCUGCGACACGGUCGCGGUUUAUAGUCACUUUCAGCAACCAGGUAAUUAACCUGCGUCGUGAUCCCAGGCAUCUGUUCAUCUUCUCCGGAGAGGAAUCUUCUUCUUCUUCGGCUGCUGCCAAUCUCGACAUGACAAUACCUUCCUUGAAUUUGAAUUACCUCGCCAAGUGUCCUUCCGUCCAUGGCUUAGUCGCUUGUUGUAAUCUUACUAAGUUCACUAUAUGUAACCCUGGCACGAGGCAAGUCCUUACCAUACCCUGUAAUGGAUUCAUCACGUCCUUGGGAUACGAUCCUGUUGAUGAUCAAUUCAAAGCAUUGACCAUGGUGACUACUCCUUCCAACGACCGUGGUUUUAUAGUGCACGAGGUUGUAAGACUUGGAGGACAAGGUGGAGGAUCUCGCGUUAAGGUAACCUCCCCUUCUUAUCGCCCUCUGACCGAUGCACUAUGCUUUAAUGGCUUCGUGUAUUGUCCUGCGUGGGCCCCAAGGCAAAGCAUGAAUACUGUGAUUGUGUGUUUUGAUGUUAGGAAUGAGACGAUAAGUUUCAUCACAACGCCUCCCGAUGUCCUGCUAUGGCAAAGUCAUACAUCUUUGAUAGAAUACAAAGGCAAGUUAGCUUCCGUUGUACCACACCAAGACCCUCUUUCGGGCAUCCGAGGUUUUGAUUUAUGGAUGCUUGAUGAUGUGGACAAACCUGAGUGGUCCAUGCAAUCAUUUGUGCUUCCCUACGUGUUGGUGCAUGUGACUUCCCCGGGCACCAACAAGGCUGGUGAAAUCAUUUUUGCUCCAAGAAAACUCUCACAUGGACCCGAACCCUUCUUCUACCUGUUCUACUACAAUGUAGAAACCAAACACCUGAGAAAAGUUCGGAUCCAUGGUGUUGCAGACGAUCAAGCUUUUAGGAGCCGUUAUGGAAUCGUAACCGAUUGUUAUGUCUCUGUCUCACCCCUACACGUUGAAAGUAUUGCCUCUUUAAAACAAUAUUCAUCAGGCCUUGAUUUCUGCCAACGAUAUGAUUAUCUAAAGUAG